CUUUCAAACCUCGAUCGUUCUCGAAAGAGAGCCCUUCACUUCCCCUUCUCCGCCGCCGCCGCAUCUCUGUAGAUCUCUUUCACUCUCUCCAUUCUCUGGGGAAGCGGAGGAGAAGCAGCAGCCAUGGCGUUGGCCUUCGAUGAGUAUGGCAGGCCCUUCAUCAUCCUCAAGGAGCAGGAGCAGAAGUCCCGCCUCCGUGGCCUCGAUGCGCAGAAGGCUAACAUCUCCGCCGGACGCGCCGUCGCUCGGAUCCUACGCACUUCUCUAGGCCCUAAGGGCAUGGACAAGAUGCUUCAGAGCCCCGAUGGCGAUGUUGUCAUCACGAAUGAUGGAGCGACGAUACUGGAACAAAUGGACGUGGACAACCAGAUCGCGAAGCUGAUGGUGGAGUUGUCCCGAAGCCAAGACUAUGAGAUUGGUGAUGGCACCACUGGCGUCGUUGUGAUGGCUGGCGCAUUGCUGGAGCAGGCUGAGAAGUUGCUGGAGCGUGGGAUUCAUCCAAUUAGGGUUGCUGAAGGGUAUGAGGUGGCGUCCAGGAUCGCUGUAGAUCAUUUGGAGCGGAUCGCGCACAAGUUUGAUUUCAGUGAGGCGAAUAUUGAGCCUCUAGUGCAGACUUGCAUGACUACACUGUCUUCAAAGAUAGUUAACCGUUGCAAGCGCGCUUUGGCUGAGAUUGCUGUUAAAGCUGUUCUAGCUGUUGCGGAUUUAGAGAGGAAGGAUGUGAAUUUGGACUUGAUAAAGGUAGAAGGGAAGGUGGGAGGAAAAUUGGAAGACACAGAACUUAUCUAUGGAAUUGUUGUCGACAAGGAUAUGAGCCAUCCACAAAUGCCAAAAAGAAUUGAAGAUGCUAAAAUAGCUAUCUUGACUUGCCCAUUUGAGCCACCCAAACCAAAGACAAAACAUAAGGUUGACAUUGAUACUGUGGAGAAGUUCCAGACAUUACGUGAACAGGAACAAAAGUACUUUGAUGACAUGGUCCAGAAGUGCAAGGAUGUUGGUGCGACCCUAGUUAUCUGCCAAUGGGGAUUUGACGAUGAAGCUAAUCAUUUGCUGAUGCAUCGGAAUCUACCUGCUGUUAGAUGGGUUGGUGGUGUGGAACUGGAAUUGAUUGCAAUAGCAACAGGUGGAAGGAUUGUUCCAAGGUUCCAAGAACUAACCCCUGAAAAGCUGGGGAGGGCUGGUCUGGUCAGAGAAAAAUCUUUUGGAACUACAAAAGAUAGAAUGCUAUACAUUGAGCAAUGUGCAAACUCAAAGGCUGUUACAAUAUUCAUUCGUGGUGGAAACAAAAUGAUGAUCGAGGAAACCAAGCGUAGCCUCCAUGAUGCUCUAUGUGUGGCAAGAAAUUUAAUCCGUAACAAUUCGAUUGUUUAUGGUGGUGGAUCUGCUGAGAUAUCUUGUUCAAUUGCCGUUGAAGCUGCAGCUGAUAGAUAUCCUGGUGUUGAGCAGUAUGCGAUUAGGUCCUUUGCUGAUGCACUAGAUUCAAUUCCAUUGGCUCUGGCUGAGAAUAGUGGCCUUCAGCCUAUUGACACAUUGACAGCCGUAAAGUCUCAGCAAGUUAAGGAGAACAAUCCAUACUGUGGCAUUGAUUGCAAUGAUGUCGGAACAACUGACAUGCAAGAGCAGAAUGUGUUUGAGACAUUGAUUGGAAAGCAGCAGCAAAUUCUGCUGGCAACACAGGUUGUCAAAAUGAUUUUGAAGAUUGAUGAUGUGAUUGCCCCAUCAGAGUACUGAUAAGGUCUUUUGACUUCCACAUGGGUGUCCUAGUUCUAGUGUGUAAUGCUGUUGAUCAGAAGAGCGGCCAUUCUGUAUUUGCUGUUCAUUGGUUGGGGUUUUACCUGCCUUUUUUUCUUUGGGUAUUAGGUGUGCUGUUUGCUGUCAGACUAACUUUAUUUGCAUUUUAAACUAUUUUAUUCUCCUAAUCAUGGUUCUGCAGGUGGAUUUUGAA